CUUCAAGAUCCCUUUUGCGCCUCCCCACCCCAUCUCAUUUCUCAAGCCAGAUUCCUUACUGCUGCAAGAUGUCUGCUUUUCUCUACGGUGUUGGUAUUGCUACCGCUGCCUUCUUGGGUCGCGCAGGCUAUGUCGCUCUGCAACGUUCUAGAGGCGGCAUGAGCGCCGCGGGCAAGGCGUUUUACAAAGGUGGAUUUGAACCUCGGAUGAACCGUCGCGAAGCGUCCCUGAUCCUGGAACUCCCGGAACGCACUUUGAACAAGGAUAAGGUUCGCAAGAAGCACCGUCAGCUUAUGCUGCUCAACCACCCCGACCGUGGCGGCAGCCCCUACCUGGCCACCAAGAUCAACGAGGCCAAGGAGUUCCUCGACAAGCAGCUUUAAAAUUUUCUCCUUUCAGGCCGGCACGCCUUAAGUCGGGCAUUUCCGUGCCGAAAAGAGAACGGGUUGAUAGGACUAUAUAUCGACCAUUGUACAAGAGUUUCUUCUUUGGGUGCGCAUAGCGAGGCGUUGGUGGGAAUUUUCGAAAGCCAGGGAGACAUCCUUUGGCCCCGGCUCCUGAUGGAGACCUGUAUUUACACUACUAUAUAACGAUGAGAUCGCCGCUCUUGAAUGUAUAACUAUGAUGAUUGGC